CCAAUAGAAUUCCCAGUAGCCAAUAAGGGACCAUAAAAUGAAAAGGAAAUAAAAAAUAGAGUAAGGUUUAUUUAAGGUUAAAGGUCAGGGACCAUUCAUGAAUUUGAUUCCUCAAAAAUCAUUUAUAAAUCAUAGCCUCACCUCCGGGGUCUGCACUUCAAGAACUUCAUGGGUAAAACUAUUAGUAGCUGCCUUUUACCAGCUUUAAUAUCUUGUUUUUACUUGCAGCUGCAGUUUGGCACUGCUUCAGACACUAUAAGAGCAUCAGAAUCCAUCAAAGACCCUGAAUUUAUAAUCUCCCAGGGUGGAGUUUUCCGAUUGGGAUUCUUCAGCUUUGCUAAUUCCACCAAUCGUUAUGUAGGUAUAUUGUACAACCAAAUCCCCGUACAAACAGUUGUGUGGGUGGCAAAUAGAAACAGGCCUCUCAAAGUCUCUUCUGGGAUUCUCACCAUAUCAGAUGAUGGCAACCUUGUUGUUUUGAAUGGAAAAGCUGAGAUUCUUUGGUCAACAAAUGUUACGAAUCUGAUUCCUAAUGCAACAACUGCACAGCUUUUAGACUCUGGAAAUCUUGUCCUCAAUAACGGCGACAAUGGAGGAAGCAGCAGCUUAUGGGAGAGUUUUCAACACCCUUCUAAUGCAUUCCUUCAAACUAUGAAGUUGGGCGUUGAUUUAAAAACGGGUCGUAAGGUGCGUACGAGAUCAUGGAAAGGCCCUGAUGAUCCAUCUGAUGGUAACUUUUCUCUAGGCCUUGAACCUUUCAACAUCCCAGAGGGUGUCAUUCGGAACAAUAACCAGAUAUAUUUUCGGACUGGCCCAUGGAAUGGCCAUAUCUAUAUUGGUUUAAAAGAUAUGAAUACCGUUUAUCUUGAUGGGUUUUAUGUGGUUGCAGAUGAUGAAGGAAAAAAUUACUAUGAAACUUACGAAUAUUCUAAUAAGUCUAUGUUGAUAUACUAUGAAUUAGAUUAUGAAGGAAGAUUUGUUGGACGAAACUGGGAUGCGGGGACAGGGGACUGGAUAAAUAGUUACCUAAUUCUUCAAACAGAUUGUGAUUUUUAUGGAAAGUGUGGGGCAUUCGGAAUCUGUGAUCGAACGAAACGACCCAUUUGCAGUUGCUCAAAGGGAUUUAAGCCUAGGAAUGCAGAGGAAUGGAUUAGAGGUAAUUGGAGUAGUGGGUGUUUUAGGACUACCCCUUUGCAGUGCCAAAGAGAUAACAACAAUGGCAGUGGAGGAGCAGGGCAAAGUGAUGAUGGGUUUUUGAAGCUCAAGACGAUGAAAGUACCGGCUUUUCCAGACCAGUCAUCAAUAAUUAAAGGCGAAUGCAAAGAUCAAUGCAUGAAGAAUUGUUCGUGCGUGGCUUAUGCGUAUGAUGCUGGUAUUGGUUGCAUGUUAUGGAGUGGAGAUUUGAUUGAUGUCCAGAAAUUCCCCACUCGCGGAGUCGAUAUUUACAUUCGUCUGUCAUCCUCGGAACUUGAUAAAGGCAAAAGUACUAAGGUCAUUGCAAUUACAACAGUAAUUGCGGGCAUAGUGGUUAUUACAAUUUCUGCACUCUUCCUAUGGUGUGGGAUGGUUAAACAAAGAGGAAGGAAUAAAAGACACAAACAGAUCAAACACAAAUCUUAUAGUGAAAAUGUUGGAGAAAGUUCAAUCGGUGUUAAACUCAAGCAGCUUCCACUAUUCAAUUUCGAACAACUUGCCACCGCGACCAACAACUUCCAUCCUGCAAAAAAGCUAGGGCAGGGUGGUUUUGGUCCAGUUUACAAGGGAACAUUAGAUGAUGGAAAAGAAAUAGCAGUGAAGAGAUUGUCGAAAGCUUCGGGGCAAGGAUUGGAAGAAUUUAUGAACGAAGUGGUGGUUAUUUCAAAGCUCCAACAUCGAAAUCUGGUUAGAUUAUUUGGGUGUUGUGUUGAAGCAGAAGAGAAGAUGCUCGUCUAUGAGUUCCUGCCCAAUAAAAGUUUGGACGCUUUUUUAUUUGAUCCUGUUAAACAAAGACUUUUGGAUUGGAGAAAACGCUUCAACAUUAUUGAAGGAAUCAGUCGAGGAUUGCUUUAUCUUCAUAGAGAUUCAAGAUUGAGGAUUAUACAUAGAGAUUUAAAAGCAAGUAAUGUUUUACUUGACCAAGAUUUAAAUCCAAAAAUUUCAGAUUUUGGGAUGGCUAGAAUCUUUGGAGGUGAUGAAAAUCAAGCCAAUACUAAAAGAGUUGUUGGAACUUAUGGUUAUAUGUCUCCUGAGUAUGCAAUGCUAGGGCAAUUUUCAGAAAAAUCAGAUGUGUUCAGCUAUGGAGUUCUACUACUAGAGAUUGUUAGUGGAAGAAGAAACACAAGCUUUUACAACAAUAAGGAUGACCUUAGCCUCUUGGGAUAUGCAUGGAAAUUAUGGAGGGAAGGCAAUAUUUGGGGCUUAGUAGACAAAGUGAUUGCAGAGUCGAAAUCAGAUUCAAAUAAUGAAAAAGAAAUAUGGAGAUGCAUACAUGUUGGAUUGCUAUGCGUUCAAGAAUAUACUAAAGAUAGGCCCACUAUAUCUACUGUUAUUUCAAUGCUUAAUAGUGAGAUUUCAGAUCUUAACACUCCAAAGCAACCUGCUUUCACUCAAGCACCACUAAUAAGCCAUGAUGUUGAAGAUAAAGGUUCACUUAAUGAUGUAACUCUUACAAACCUUGAUGUUACUAUUGUUUGUUUUUACUUCCAAUUUGGCACUGCUUUAGACACCGUAACACCAUCAGAAUCCAUCAAAGACCCUGAAUUUAUAAUCUCCCAGGGUGGAGUUUUCCGAUUGGGAUUCUUCAGCUUUGCUAAUUCCACCAAUCGUUAUGUAGGGAUAUUGUACAAUCAAAUCCCCGUACAAACAGUGGUAUGGGUAGCAAACAGAAACAAGCCUCUCAAAGACUCUUCCGGGAUUCUUAACAUAUCAGAUGAUGGUAACCUUGUUGUUUUGAAUGGAAAAGCUGAGAUUCUUUGGUCAUCAAAUAUUACGAAUUUGGUUCCUAAUGCAACAACUGCCCAUCUUUUAGACUCUGGAAACCUUGUCCUUAGUAAUGGUGAGGAUGGAGCAAGCAGCUUAUGGGAGAGUUUUAAAGAUGCUUCCAAUGCCUUCAUUGAAACUAUGAAGAUCGGCACUGAUGUUCAAAGGGGUCUUAAAGUGGAGCUGAAAUCAUGGAAAAGCAUUGAUGAUCCAUCUGAUGGUAGCUUUUCUUUUGGCUUUGAACCUUUCAAUAUCCCAGAGCUUGUCAUUAGGAACAAUAACAAGCUCUAUUUUCGGAGUGGUCCAUGGAAUGGGAAUAUCUUUAUUGCCACAAUUAUGAAGACCGUUUAUAUUGAUGGGUUUCAUGUUGUUGCAGAUAAUCAACGACAAGUGUACUAUAUCACUCAUGAGUAUUCUAGGUUGAAGUACUAUGAACUGGAUUCCCAAGGAAAAUUGGUUGAACGGACAUGGGAUGCGGGGAAAGGGGACUGGAUAAACAUGUACUUUACUUCUCAAACAGAAUCUUGUGUUUAUGGACAGUGUGGGGCAUUUGGGAUGUGCGAUCUAACGAAACAACCCAUUUGCAGUUGCUUAAAGGGGUUUAAGCCUAGGAAUAUAGAGGAAUGGAGUAGAGGUAAUUGGAGUAGUGGAUGUUUUAGGACUACCCCUUUACAAUGCCAAAGGGAUAAGAACAAUGGCAGUGAAGCAGGCCAAGGAGAUGUUGAUGGGUUUUUGAAGCUGAAGAUGAUGAAAGUGCCGGCUUUUCCAGACCUGUCAUCAAUAAAUAACGGCGAAUGCAAAGAUCAAUGCCUGAAGAACUGUUCGUGCGUGGCUUAUGCGUAUGAUGCUGGCAUUGGUUGCAUGUUUUGGAGUGGAGAUUUGAUUGAUAUGCAGAAAUUCUCCACUCGCGGAGUCGAUCUUUACAUUCGUCUACCAUCUUCGGAGCUCGAUAAAGGAAAAAGCAAUAAAGUUAUUGUUAUUACAGCAGCAAUUGUGGGUAUAGUAACCAUUACGAUUAUUAUACUCUUCUUAUGGUGUUGGAUGGCUAAAAGAAGAGGAAGGAAACAAAAACACAAACAGAUCGAACUCCAACUCAACAAAGGAAAUGCAAUGACAAAAUUUUCCAGUAAUGUGGGAGAAAAUUCAAUCGGAGCUAAACUCCGGCAGCUACGGCUAUUCAAUUUCGAAGAACUCGCCACCGCGACGUGCAACUUCGAUCACGCAAAUAAGCUAGGGCAGGGUGGUUUCGGUCCAGUUUAUAGGGGAACAUUAGGUGAUGAAAAGGAAAUAGCUGUGAAGAGAUUAUCAAAAGCUUCAGUGCAAGGAUUGGAAGAAUUUAUGAACGAAGUGGAGGUGAUUUCUAAGCUUCAACAUCGAAAUCUGGUCAAAUUGCUUGGGUGUUGUGUUGAAGCUGAAGAGAAGAUGCUCGUUUACGAGUAUAUGCCCAACAAAAGUUUGGACGCUUUUGUCUUUGAUCCAAUUAAACAGAAAGUCUUGGAUUGGAGAAAACGCUUUAACAUUAUUAAAGGGAUUAGUCGAGGAUUACUUUAUCUUCAUAGAGAUUCAAGACUGAAGAUUAUACACAGAGAUCUAAAAGCAAGUAAUGUUUUACUCGAUCAGGAGCUAAAUCCAAAAAUUUCAGAUUUUGGGAUGGCCAAAAUUUUCGGAGGAGAUGAAAAUCAAGCCAUCACCAAAAGGAUUGUUGGAACUUAGCCUGGAAAUUAUGGAACGAAGGCAACAUUUGGGGCUUAGUAGAUAAGGUGAUUUCAGAGUCGAAAUCAGAUUCAAAGAAUGAGAAAGAAAUAUGGAGAUGCAUACAUGUUGGAUUACUAUGCGUUCA